AUGCCGUCGCCGCCGACAUCGCCGUUACCCUCGGCGACAGCGUUGGCAUCGCCCUUUCGCGGUCCCAGCCACUCGCCGUCGGUCCACCCACAGUUCCGCAACAAGGUCGUCUGUAUUCUGACCUGCCGCCAUUGCCAGACGGCAAUAUGCCAUCGUGGAAUGAAGGCCAUCUUGCUAGGAGACACCCGGGUCGAGCUCUACUCCACCGACACGCCACCAUCGCAAGUUCAGUUGGUCGAUAAGGACUAUGUGACCCGAAACUGUCGCUGCAAAAUAAGGGAUGUCGCUUGUCUGACCUGCGGAAACAUUGUCGGAUAUCAUGUCACGCAACCAUGUGACACUUGUCUGGAAGCCUGCAACAACGGCCACUUCUGGAUGUUCCUCUCGCAGGAAAUCUCCUGCAGCGAACGCCUGGGCAAGAACAGCCAGAUCUUGCUAUGGGGCCAGCUGCCCCCGAAAGAAAAGGACGCUGCCGAGAAUCACAACGACUUGUAUCGAUGGCUGGUGUCGAGGCCGGCUGAGCCUUCGCGCUGAUGGGUCUGAUAACCCGGCAGCGACUCGAGACCGCCCUCGACACCGCCGUUGUCACUGCCGUUCCCUGCAGUGAAUCCCUUUCGUCAUCCACAGCAUCAGCGAGUCGACCCGUUAACCCAUAGAGCACACCAAUAGAGCCGAUA